AUGGGUCGACUAAAACAAAAAGGAAAGGCAGGAGCAGCGAAGAACUACAUCACACGCACUGCGGCUGUCAGAAAACUGCAGUGUUCUCUCGCUGAUUUUCGACGACUCUGUAUCUUAAAAGGGAUCUUUCCUAGGGAACCCAACAACCGAAAAAAAGCCAACAAAGGCUCGUCUGCGCCAACAUCAUUUUAUUAUGCGAAGGAUAUCGCCUACCUUGCGCAUGAGCCCGUUCUCAAGCGCCUUCGAGAGCACAAAGCAUUUGCCAAGAAGCUUUCUCGUGCUUUAGGAAGAGGGGAAUGGAGCGCCGCGAAGAGCCUGGAAGAGAACAAACCGAUCUAUCGGUUAGACCACAUUAUUAAAGAGCGUUAUCCUACUUUCGUCGACGCGCUCCGUGACAUUGAUGAUGCCCUUUGCAUGGUCUUCCUUUUUGCCACCCUCCCAAGCACCGCCAGAUUGCCACGCGAAAUCAUUGACAACUGUGCCCGGCUCUCCAUGCAAUGGCAACUCUAUGUUAUGCACACAAACUCCCUCCGAAAGGUGUUCCUCUCGAUCAAGGGCGUUUACUAUCAGGCUGAGGUUAUGGACCAAACCAUCACUUGGUUAGUUCCAUAUCAGUUCACACAGAACAUCCCUACAGACGUUGAUGUUCGCGUGAUGCUCACAUUCCUGGAACUGUACCAGACCCUUCUGGGGUUCGUGUUUUUCAAGCUUUACAGUGACGCCAACCUUGUCUAUCCUCCUCCGCUGGACAUCAACAAGGACGACAUGGCUGCAGGCGUAGGGGCCUUCAACCUCCAGUCCACGCAUGUUCAACCGAAACGCAAUGAAACCGGGAAGACUGUCGAUGUGGAUGGCAAAAAGGUCUCAGUGAAAGAUGUUCGGCAGACCAUCAAGAGUAUCGUAGCUGCAGACGAGCCUCAAGUGGAUGUCCAGAUGGGGGAUCCUGACGAAGCUUCCCCUGGAGAAGAAGAGCAAUUCGUCGCACAUGCAAGCAAAUCUGCUCCAGACGCCGUUCCUGAACUACCAACACUGCACAUGUUAUCAUCCACCCCUUCGUCACCCUCUUCACGACUAUUUGCUCCCUACACCUUCUGGCUCUCAAGAGAAACAUCCCGAUCAAUAUUCGAAUUCAUUAUCCGUUCGCACGGCGGGAGAGUCGGCUGGCCCGCUUCCUCAGGCACUGGUUCACCAUUUGACGAGAGCGACGAGUCUAUCACUCAUGUCAUCAUCGACCGACCUGUGGUACAGAAGGAAGAGACCCCCGCAGAACGCGAGCUCCGCUCGCGAAGAAAGUAUGUUCAGCCGCAGUGGGUGGUGGAUAGCAUCAACGCAGGAAAAAUACUCUUGGAGGAUACAUAUGCACAAGGGAAACUUUUACCGCCUCAUCUGAGUCCUUUCGGUGAGUAUGAGGGAGCUUACGACCCGACGGCGGCAACGAACGACGCAGAUAUGGAUGUGGAAACCGAUGGGGAGGAAGGGGAAGCGGAUGCAUCUGGGGACGAAAAAGAAAGCAACACCGAUGCCGUGGAGGCAGCGCUUGCGUCGGUGGCUAUGGAUGAUCCUGCAAGCGUCCGGGCUGCUGAGCUUGCUGCCGAAGCUGCUGGUCUUGACUAUAACAUCUUCGAAACCAAGGUGAAGAAGGCCAGCAAGAGCAAGAAGCCAGACACCGCAAGCAAGGCCACAGAAGAGGCGGAGAAGGACAUGAACAAGAUGAUGAUGAGCAACAAGCAAAGGAAGCUGUACGAGAAGAUGAAGUACAGUCAACAAAAGAAGGCCGCUGAGAAAGAGAAACUUGAGCAGCGCAAGAAGCAGCUGCAAAAGGCUGGAGGGAAAUAG